AUGCAUAACACAGUCACAGGUCCCUUCUUUGCAAUAUACUACCCGGUGUUUGCCGCUGUUGCCGUUCCAGCUAAUUUAAUGGCGAUUGUGAUUCUGGCCCGAGGAAGGUGCGGUCUCUCCAGAUGUAUCAGCCUGUACCUCCUUUCCAUGGCAGUGACGGAUCUGCUGGUCGUGAUCACUGCGGUGAUAUUGAAUCGAAUCCGUGGAAUUUAUUUCCCGGUUAACUUUUUGACUCGUACUCGAGGCUGCAGUAUUACUGCUGUCGUUACGUAUGGAGCCAGAGACAGCUCUGUGUGGUUAACAGUCGCUUUCACCUUUGAUCGAUAUAUUGCCAUUUGCUGCCAAAAACUGAAGACUGAUUAUUGCCAGGCGAAAACGGCGACUAUUCUUAUAGGGAUCAUCUGUUCUCUUGGCGUUGCGAAAAACAUUCCCUGUUACUUCAUGUACGAACCAUUGUACAUAAUAAAUAACGUGGGAUGGUUUUGCCGUAUAAAAGACGUGUUCUAUAUUUCACCAGGUUGGGCAGCGUUUGACUGGCUAGAUCGCAUCGUAACCCCAUUUCUCCCCUUCGUGCUGAUGGUAUUGCUCAAUGCCCUGACCAUCAGAAACAUUCUGUCCGCCAACAGAGCCCGAAAAAGACUGCGGAACAAGAGUAAAGGAGAUAAACAGAGUGACUCAGAGGUAGAAAACCGAAAAAAGUCGAUUGUUUUGCUGAUGUCGAUAUCGGGCAGUUUUCUUCUUUUAUGGACGACCUAUGUUGUAAAUGUGUUUUACGUGCGAUUUACGAAAGGCUUAUAUUUUGAAGGAUCCAAUUACAAUGACCCAAGAUUCAUUCUACAGGAGAGCGGAUACAUGUGUCUCCUCUGCAGCUGCUGCACCAACACGUGCAUUUAUGUAGGGACCCAGAGGAAAUUCAGAGAGGAACUAAAGGGAGCGGUAAAAUAUCCAUAUGGCAAAAUCCGGAAAUUGGUAAAGAUCUGA